CCCAAAAAGGGUUCAGAAAAAAUGAAACAGGAAAGAUUUUUCAAAAACUAACCACUUACAUUAUAUCUCUAUUCUUAGGCGGAGGACCCAUUAGACUAUAGUAUAAUCUCUCUGUUCCAUUCCCUCUUCCAAUAACUCUCCACCUCUUUUCCCCCAAGUACUGUUUCGUCUUCUUCUUCCCCAUUUUCUCAAACAAGGCAAGAGCUACAACAUAAUAUCAGUCGUUAUUGUUGUUCUAUUUUAGAAUUAGGGAGUUUAAAGCUCGCUCUUCACUGCAUUGCCUUGUCUAGCUAUACUGUUCUACUGCAAUCUCUCAUGACAAUAUCACUGUUUUCGAUCAAAAUGAUGCGGGCGUAAGCUAUGGAUCUUACAAGUCCCAACUACUUUCAGUCUCCUUCUCUGUUUUCAUCUAAUGGGGAUAUACAAGCACCGCCAUUCUUGUUGCAGGGUAGUCCGAGCUUCUAUGGGAGAAGUGAAGGAAACCCAUUUGCUGCAGAAAACUUCCCUGACCCGCUUUGCAAGCUGAAUCUUAAAGAGACUUCUGAGUUUGUGAAGUCACUGCCUAUGCCGGCGGUUUCAAAUGCGGUUCCUGCUCAGAGGAGGAGAGAUGGAAACUCAGUUACGCAGAGGAGAAUGGAGGCUCCAUCUACACCUGGUAGACCAGUUUUCAGUUUUAAUGCAGGGAAUUUAUCCAGAAAAAGUUUCCCUUCAAAGUGGGAUGAUGCAGAGAAAUGGGUAAUAAGCAAUUCUUGUCAUGAUUCUCCUGCUCAUUCCAUCAAACCACCGCCUCAAUCAUACAAACAAUAUGAUAGCUUUAAGCAUAGAAUGGAGGUGGUGGUGGCAGAGAAAUCACGGGUGACGGAGGAAAAAGUCUCCAAGAUUGUCUCAACUUUCCGAGGAUCUGUAACUUUGGACCACCGCCAUCACAAUCCUGCAAGCACUUUUAAUGGGGUCUCAGCCUCAAGUGAUGUACUUUUAAAAGAUAAGUUCACAGACGAAGUAGAACCAGUUUUACCCGAUUAUCAAUACUCAGAGCCAUCAAAAGAAGGGUUUCUUUUCCGAAACUCAGCCCGGGGAGCCAUGAAAGAUGCAGGCACUGAGGUACAACACAGAGAUAUUGGAACAGAGAUGACACCUCUUGGCAGCUCCACCACUUCAAGAUGCCACACCCCUUUCAAGAGUUCAUCGCCUGCACGUCAUAACACGCCGGCAAAUAGAUCUGGUCCAUUGGCAUUAACUCACCCAACUAGCCCCAACAGCACCAUUGACAUUGCUCAUUUUCAAGAAUGCCAUUUAGCCAAGCUACAAGUUGGCACUCAGUAUGAUUCUAUCACAUCAAAUUGGAGCUCAAGGGAAGAGGAAGAAGAAGAAAUAUCAAAGAGUCUCAGACAUUUUGAAACAGGAAGUGGGCGCAGAACAAGUGUUUCAGAUUCAAGACUUUCUACUUGGGUUGAUGAGGAGAAGACUAAGUGUUGCCUGAGAUACCAGAGAGAAGAAGCAAAGAUCCAAGCUUGGUUAAAUCUUCAAACUGCAAAAGCAGAAGCUCAAUCAAGAAAGCUUGAGGUGAAGAUACAGAAGAUGAGAUCAAACCUAGAAGAGAAGUUGAUGAAGAGGAUGGCAAAUGUUCAUAGAAAAGCAGAAGAAUGGAGAGCAGCAGCUUGGCAACAACACAAAGCUGGUGAUGAACAAGCUCACAAGAUGAUUCACAGACAUAAUUAUAUUAUUUCUGGUCACACCUCCUGCGGUUGCUUCCCUUGACAAUAUAUAUAUAUAUAUAUUAUAUCCCCAUUUCUGUAUCUCUUUCGGAUUACGCAUAAAAUUGACUUUCUCUGGCUUGAUCUCCAUUUCCCAAUUCAAUUUUGCUAUUAAAAA